AUACGACCUCGUCAAAGAACCGGAGAAGGGGUAAAGAUCCAAAAGGGAAGAAGUUGUUCGCAGAAAAUUUGUCGCUCGAUCGAGCACCUCGCUAGUUUUUGGCCGGACGGGAAACAUCAUGCUCGUCGGAAGGAAAUCAAUUUUCCCAGUCGUGAUUGUGGUAUUCUGGUGGUCAUCACUCGCAAUUGCGGGUCCAUAUUCCCAAGCUCAAGAAGCUGAAAAGCACAAUGGCGUACAUAGACAUGGUAAAGCAUCGGUGCACCUGGCGACAGGAGAACCCCAUAAAAGGACCCAGAAUAAAUUGGACAGUAAACUAGGAACUUUCGAGGAAGCAUCUAAGAGGCAUAAUCACGCCCAUAGAGCAAACUACGCAAGAAGAGAGAAAGAUCCUUUGUUGCUGACGAUAGCUAGAAAGAAUGUAAAAAAUGACGGAGAACCUUCAAAAAAGUUGAACGCGAGUGAAAGAAAAAUUCACUCCCUGGAAAAUGAGGAAAAGUCUGAAAUAGUGCAGCCACGGCGCCAAAGUAUAUACAUAAAAAGAAACAACGUGAACCAUAAAGUCGCCCCUUUGUCACGAAAACUGAAAGAAUCGACAAAAGAAGACCACAGACAAUUUGCUCGAAGUGGUGGACUAGAAGUAGGAUUUACAGAGAGAUCGAAAACCCGGAGAGACAAAAUCAGAAAGAACGUAGCAGCACCUAGGCGUAACUUUAAAAUCAGGAACGAAAACGUGAACGUAGUUAUCCACCGCGAUUCGCAAGGAUUGCCGCAUGAUGCGAGUUCAAAAUUGGACAUAACGCAAGUAGAGAACAUCUUCAAGCAAUUCGAACUCCUGGGAAAGCCGAUCGAGGCAGGUAAAUGUGCGAUUAGGAGAUCAUCCCCCAGGAAUUCUGGAGAUAUCGAUCAGGAUCGCAUUACCACAAGACAUAACAUCCCCAUUGUCGAAGACGAGAGAGAGAAAGAGGAGGAAGAAAUUAUCAGCAUCCGCGAAGGUGAAGACAUGACGUUGUGCUGGAUAGAGGUGAUAACAAUCAAGGAGGAUAGAUCGAUCGAUCCACCGAACAGAUUCGUACACAAAGAGUACUCGAUAUCUUAUGAAAAUUCGGCGAUCAUACCAGACAAGUAUGUCCAGUGUGUGAAACUGGAGGGUGAAGUCGAACCCGAAAGUGAAGUGGGAAAAACGAAGGAAAUUGGGGUGGUUGAUGAAGACACCAGAGUGAGUCGUCCUUUGAACUUCACAAUUGUUAGUCAUAAUGGGUCCUUGGUCGUGUAUCAGAAUAAAAGGGUCAGAUGCAGCUCGGGUCCUGUUGUGGAGAAGAGGGUCUACAGUUAUGGGAAUAUUCAGAAGCCGACUAGGAGAAUGGAGAUUAAGGUGAAGCCUAAAUUCAGGUCGGAGUUAGAACCCGAAUCUAGGGAACCAGGUGCACCAGAAGCGACGACUUUAGCUUCAGAUUCUGAUAGAUUAAUACCAACGGAAUCUGAGGAGCCACCAUCCGAGACGGAGUCAGGAGAAAGAUGGACGUUGGAACCUGGUCUAACGUCGAUACCAAGAAUACCGGAAGUUACGAAUGAAAGAGAAAAAUCGGAAAAACCGUUCCCUCCGGGAUCAAAGGUACUAACAUUACCAGGAACAAGUUCUGAAUCGGAUGAAACACCAACACCGGAGAAAAGUCCCGAAUCGGAAGGAAGUGACGAGCCAGGAAGGAAGUCGGAAUCGGAAGAAACACCAACACCGGAUAUAAGUCCCGAAUCGGAAGGAAGUGACGAGUCAGGAAGGAAGCCGGAAUGGGAAGAAAUGCCAUUACCAGAAAUCAGUCCUGAAUCAGAAGAAAGUGACGAGCCAGGAAGGAAACCGGAAUGGGGAGAAGUACCAAACCCGGAAAGAAGUCCUGGACUGGAAGGAAGUAAAGAAUCAGAAGAAAAUAUUCCCCCGGGCUCAGAAGAAAAUCCUAUUCCGAGUUCAGAAGAAAAUCCUAUCCCGAGUUCAGAAGAAAAUCCUAUUCCGAGUUCAGAAGAAAAUCCUAUCCCGAGUUCAGAAGAAGAACCAUUGCCGAGAUGGAGCGAGGAAUAUAGUCGGGAACCUAUCGAACCUGAGGAAUCGCUUCCUCCAAAACCAGAUGAAAAUGCGACUCCAGGUUCAGGUGAGGGACCAGAGGUACCAGAGGGACUAGGGGGACCAGAGGGACUAGGGGGACCAGAAGGACCAGGGGGACCAGAAGGACUAGGAAAGCCAGAGGGACCAGAGGGAUCAGGUGAAGGAUUAACGCCAGAACCAAAGUUACCUUGGGUGAUCCUUCCAGGAUCUGAGGAACUUAUUCCGGGUGUAGGUGGUACUUUAACGCCAAGUUCAAAGGAAUCAGGAGAACCAAGUUCAGAAUCAGGGGAAACAUCAACUCCGACAUUAGAAGGAACUUCGGAAUGCACCGACGAAACGACCACCAACACUCCUGGAGUGUCCGAUCAGACCACCAAGGAAGAAUCCUGCGAAGAUUUGGAAGAAUGCAUGUCGAGAGAAAGUUUUCCAGAUUUGUUACCUUGUACAAAUUCAGACUGUUCAGAAUCGGACACCGUUCCAUCGAGUGAAACGAGCGAGUCUCCAAACAGAUUUCGAGAUGGUAUAACUGACGUACCAGAAGUGGUACCCUCGUUAUCUCCAGAUUUAACGAUCGAAAAGGCGCCAAAAGGCAAAUCUGGAGAAAGAUCCGAUGAACCAGAAGAUAGUACCGACUCCGGAAAUAUCGUCCCUCCAAUUUCAGGAACUCCAGGUGAACCUGGGGCAAAACGUAACAUUACCGAAUCUUGCGAGUCCGAUGAUUGCGUUGGAGGGAGUUCCGAUGAAGACAAGAUACCGUCAUCUAUCGAUAAGGGUGGUCGACCAUCGAGGGUCGAUAGCGAGUCCUGCGAGUUUGGAGGGUGUAGCGACGGACCUGAUAAGCGGGAUAGUCCGGAGAUUCCGCAGGGACCGAUAAUAAGUCCUGGUGAUGCAGUUACACCUGAUGAUUGCGAAUCCGGGGAAUGCAUUACGAGCGGUACACCGAAGGCUUUGGGCAUCGGAGAUGCCGGAAAGAAAAUCAGGACCGAAGAUGUAGGCAAGGGUAAUGAUCGCAGCGAUUGCGACGAGAACUCGGAGAACUGCCCCCCAGACAUUGCUUUAGACCCCGAAUUGCCGGGAAUAUGGUCUGAUGGAAGUUCUGCUCCAAAGGAAUGUGACGGCGACCCGGAGGACUGCAUACCGGGUUCAGGAACUUCAGGACCAAGGCUCGCACCUUCUUGUGAAGGUUCCGAAGAUUGCGGCUCAACACAACCCACAGAUAAAGGAACUUCGGGAACACCUGACGAUCAGUCCCCGAAAGAACCAAGGUCUUGCGAUUCCGAUGUUGGAAAUUGUUCACCAGAAACCUCGGAGGAGAGAACUCCAAAAACUGGUCGCAAACUGGCGUUGAAUGUCAAGAUCCACCUGGAACACGUCGACGAGAACGAUCAGCGGGAAAAGCUGGUAGAGGUGGAUAAGCAGCUGCUCUUUGACGAAGAUCCCAACGAUCCACAUCACACAUCCAUCGUGCAACAAGUCAAAGCACUGAACCAGUCCAUCAACUCGCAAGCUCUAGAUGCUUUGGCAAAGUGCGCCCAGGAGAAACCGACUUUGCGAUCAGCUGGCUUCAACAUACAACUUACCGAUAGGCACCGGAAGCACAGAAGACGUCCCCGCGCUGUUGAUAUCAAGGAAGGGGCUGAAGUUUUGCAGGUCCCUGGAUUAAUUUACGACAGGUCCAAGAGUAUCGCGGAGUCUAGGAAAGAGGCCAUAAAUAAAAGUCUGUCUGGGGUGUACGAUGAUUUGGGAGCUGGACUGCGCUUUGCGUUGUCUAAAGUCUCAGAAGCGAGGGAGAAGAGGAGCUAUGAGUUCGUCUUGACUAAUGAAGAGAUCGAAAGUAAAAUUCAAAGCCUGGAAGGGGGAUCGAAACGGCAGGAACCGAAGAAGGUCCAGAAAAGGUCUGUUGGGGAAGAACACGAGGAACGGGAGGAACAGGGAACGGAAAUUGGACGCUGGUUCAAUGAAAGGGUUAAGAGAUCUCCGGAAGGAGGGGUCAUCAAAACCUCCACUCAGUUUGUUCUUUACAGGAUACCGUGAGAUAAUUAUCGUUGACUCGCACUUAAUACUCUUCCGUGCUCAAUACAGAAAAGGACCUGGAAAUGAGAGAAUUAUUUUGAUACACCUCUUGUUUUUACAACAGAAUUAGCAAACGCUUGUCAAAUUGUAUGGAGGACUCUUUUAUUUCAAAUGAAGAAACAUGAAUUGGAAAAAUGCAGGAUUAUUUUUAUGAGAAUCGUCCUUUCGGAUCAACCUGGGGAAAAAGAACCACUUUGCCUCCUCGGUACAUAAUGUGUAAAGGAGGACAUAAUGUGUCUUAUUAAACGCCUUUCCACUG